AUGCUUAUGGAUUUUCGAUACAGGCGUUUUGAGCCGCCGUGCAUUCCGGUGACCAUGGCGGAACCUACGGCGAUGGAAGUGGAGCCAGCUUCCGCUGACUCGAAGCCCUUACCUCGUCCCCUCGCAUUCAAUGUGCUGCAUCUCAUCAAGACAGCUCAGGCGCAGCAUGGAGGCCGCUACGGCGACUACCAGCGCUACCGCCGUUACUGCUCCGCUCGUCUGCGCCGGCUGUUCCGGUCGCUGCGCUUCCUGCACGGCAAGGGCAAGUACCAGCGCAAGUCGCUCGAGCCCAACACCGUCACCGACGUCAGGCAUCUGCACAUCCCGCUGUUCUCGGCGGAGCGCGCGUGGGCGUACGCGAUGGAGCUGAAGCAGGCCAUCAGCGAGGCAGGCUCCGCCGCCGCCGCGCAGGCCGCCUUCGCGCGCAAGCGCGCGCACCUGCUGCGCCGCCUGGCGCGCGCCGCCAGAUGGGCGGACGGGUUCUCGCGCCUGUGCGCCGCCAGAGCCGACUCCAAGACCGCGUUGGAGGCGGAGGCGUAUGCGUCCUACAUGUGGGGCACGGUGCUCAUGGAGCGCGAAACCGACUUCGACGCCGCCCUGCAGAAGUUCAGCCGCGCACGCACGGUGUAUGAGCAGCUGGGGCGGGUGGGAGACGUGGAGGAGCAGAUGGAGUGCCGGCAGCGCGCGGAGGAGAUGGAGCCCAGCAUCCGCUUCUGCCGCUACAAGAUGGGCGCCCACGCCCCCAACGCCGACUCCUCCGCUGCCGCAUCCAACCUGCUCGACCUCUCCGCACAUGAGGGGCCCGGGGCUGACCUGCUGCAGUCCAAACUCGAGGCGGUAAUGGAGGAGGCGCGGUCACGCGAGGCAGCGAACCUGGCGGAGCUUGACUGGCUGGGGCGCAAGUACUCUGUGCUCAACGCCAAGACACGCGUCUGCAUCCUCAAAGCACAGCAGCUGGAGGCUGAUGUGGCAUCUUCUGACGUGGCAAACGACCGUCGGCUGAACCUGUACGACAAGAUCUUUGUGGCAUACCACGAUGCCAAGCGGCUCAUUCGCGAUGACAUGGUGGCAGCGGGUGGGGCGGAGGAUGUAAAAGAGCAGCUGGCGGCACUUGAGCGAGCCGUGUCGUGCCUGGUGCUGCAGCGCACCAUCGAUCGCAACCUGCUGCUCGUUGCUGGCGCCAAGGCGCGGCUUGAGAGGCAGCAGCAGCAGCAGCAAGGGGGUGUGCAGGGGGGGCAGCAGGGGCAGGGCAAGGGGGCGGGCGGAGGAGGUGAGGGGAAGAAGGGGAAGCGGGAGAAGGGGCGGGAGGAGAAGGAACGGGAGAAGCCUGCAAGGCCAGAGGACCUUAUACGGCUCUAUGACACUCUGCUGCAGAAUGCAUCAGACCUGGCGGACCUUGCAGCAUCAGGCAGGGACGCCCGCGCCGAGGAGAAGGCACUGCAAGCUCAGCUUGAAGCUAACAAAGCCUGCUACCAGGCCUGCAGGGCGUUCUACGUGGCACUGGCGUACCAGGCAGCAGGCAAGGAUGCGGAGGCCUACGUGGUGUUUGGCAGGGCGGCAGCAGAUGCAGAUCAGGCAGCCAAGGGACUGCAGAAGCUGCAGGAGGGGUUGGGAGCGCAGGGAGGAAAGGGCAAGAGCAAGGGCAAAGAUAAGGCAUCAGAGGAAACGGCGGAGGAGAGGGAGGUGCAGGAGGUGGUGGUGCGCAGCAAGGCACAGCGGUGUGCCAUCCAUGCGCGUGCCACCCUCGACGCCAUCAGGGCCAAGGACCCCGCCGCCCUUGAGAAGGGCGUGGCAGAGCUCUCCCUGCGCGCCAAAGACAAGCAGGUGGAUGCCAAAUACAUGACUGAGAACCUGAAUGAAUUCGUUAGUGCAGUCACUGUGGACUCCACUCCAGGCUCCAAGCUCGUUCCCCACAUUGCUCGAGUGCCACCACCCUUCCAAGCGGUGCCCUGCCGGCCCAUUGUUCUUGACACCGCUCUCAACGCGAUCAAUUUCCCGGAUCUUGCGGGCCGGGCCAAGAAGGAAGGCAAGAAGGCAGGUGGUCUCUUCAGCGCUUUCUGGGUGUCUAGCAUCCCCUCGACCCAGGCCGCUGCCGUUAACAAUGCCGUGUCAGCGUCUUCACGAAAGUCUGCAUCGACGAAUGCUGUCUCGUUCACGUCUACCUUUCUUCACUCGUCAAAGCCGAUUACGGCCGUCCGUUCUCGCAAGCCAUGCGUUUCUCGCAAGGGAGUCUCCGUUCGUGCCAUGGUGGCUUCGACCGACGCUGUUUCCUUCUCAGCCAAGGAGAUGGAGCGAGUUGCAGCGAAAGAGGCUCUCCUUCUCGCGGUGAAGGACGCGGGUGGCGCGGAGGCCCUGAGCACAGGCAAGGGCAAUGCGGCCGGGAAGAUUGAGGUUAGCGAGAAGCUUCUGCAGCUGGAACGCCUUAACCCCACCCCACGACCCACUACGUCGCCUCUCUUGGAAGGCACGUGGGACAUCGUGUGGGCAGCUACUCGCAACCCAGGUGUCAUCGCUACCCGAGUGCUGCUCAAGCGGUUCCCUACGCAAGUGGCAUCACUGGAGUCACUGCAAGUGCAGAUCCUGGAGGGUUCCACCAAAGUGACGGCCGGCCUCAAGUUCCUCUCCACGGCUGAGACUACAGUCACUGUGACAACUCGUCUGGCCGUUGAAGGCCCUGUCAGAAUUAAGGAAGAGUAUGCUGAAGCCGUGGUGGCUACCCCUGUGGUGCCGGAUGGCAGCAUCCCGUCAGCCCUCAAAGGUGUCUUUGAUCAGCUAGCUUCUGCCAGUCAAUCACUCCCUGCUGCUCUGAAGGACUCUCUUUCCUCAGGCCUCAAGCUCCCGCUCAGUGGCAGAUAUCAGAGGGAGCUGAUUAUCUCGUACCUUGAUGAUGAAAUUCUGGUGGUCCGAGACCAAGCUGGACUGGCUGACGUGUUGGUGCGAGCCGCAAGCGCUACUACCACUCCCCCUCCUGGGGAUGAGACUGAAAUUGAUGAGCCCACCGACAUCGUCGCGGGGUUCAUCGCAGGUGUCGCAGAGGUCCUCGUGGGAUAUCCGUUCGACACGGUGAAGACACGAAUGCAGUCGCAGGAUCACGCGGAGUCGCCACUGCUUCCAGCUCACCGUGACAGCAACAGCCAUGGCUGCUCGGGUCAAAACCGAGCGCCUAACAAUCAGCAUUACAGCUCACCGUGGAGCUGCGCGGUCGCAACGUACAGAGCCGAAGGAAUUGGUGGCUUCUACCGCGGUAUUGCCGCUCCGAUGCUACAAGAAGCGGUGGGCGUGGCUCUUCUCUUCGGCACGCGCGAUUGGCUCCGAACAGCAAUAGGUGCUGAUAUCAGCAGACCAGGGCUAUUUAUCCUAGCCUGCUCCAUCAUCGGCCUGUUAGAGUCUUUGAUAUACUGCCCACUUGAUCAUCUAAAGACCCGCAUUCAGGUCCGCGGACAACGGCUGAAACACCAAAUACUGCAUUCGUCUACCGCUCCCUCUCUCCCGCCCCUGGAUUCCUCCAAGCAUUCGUCUAACAAUGCGAAGGCUUCCGCGAUUAACGCGAUUGGAUUCCCGAUUGGAGGGUUGGGACACGAGGGAGCAUGCGUAUCACUCUCGCUAGCGCCGACUACUGCGUACUGCAUAGGCGUAGGUCCGGGUCUCUUGGCGUCGAAGGAGACGCACGGGGAUUUGCCUCCUCUAGGCUUCACCAUGGGCGUGGUGAUGGGGAAGGACAUGCACGGCGAGCUGAUAGGUAUCUUCAGCGCCGCUCGCAGCGUUAUGCGGGCGAGGGGAGUGCUGGGAUUGUACCUGGGGUUCGUCCUGCAGGUGUGCAAGGAGAUGCUGGGCAAUGUCGCCCUGUUCGCCACGUAUGAUGUGGCUCUGGCGCUCUUCAGUGGCACCAGCCUCGUGCCUGGGGGAGCGCAUGGAGCGCACAUGCACGGCGGCCAAUCGUGGAUGGCAAUCUGGCCUGCGGGAAGCCUUGCUGGAAUGGCCUAUUAUCUGGUAAGCACAUGUGAGCGAGGAGGUUAA